GUAACUAGGCUGCGCAAGUAGCGUGUUGAUGUGAUGCAGGGAUCUAGCAAGGAAAAUUAAGAAUAGUUAUAAAGGAAUGUAACAUUUGUUGUAGGCAACUGUUUUAAGUUUAUCCGUAGUUCAAGUGUAUCAAAUCAAGCAAAAUGGCAAAUGACGGUUCGACUAAACUAUCUAAAAAUCUUUUACGGAUGAAGUUUAUGCAAAGAGGACUUGAUGCGGAUGUAAAAAAACAGCUCGAGGAAGAAGAGAAAAGGAUCGUAAGUGAUGAGCAUUGGUUUUUGGACUUACCAGAACUCAAAGCGAAAGAAAGCUACAUUGUGGAAGAAAGAAGUUAUGUUCCAUGUGAAGACUUGGUUUAUGGAAGAAUGUCCUUUAAGGGAUUCAAUCCAGAUGUUGAAAAGCUAAUGGCUCUAAUGAAUGCUCCCAGAGAGGAGAAGGAGGAGGAUGAGGAUGAAAAGAAUGAGACACGGAUGGACACAGAUAUUACUGAUGAGGAGAUGGCUAGAAGAUAUGGAAGCCUGGUGGAGAGCAUGAAAAAAAGAUUCGCCAAGAAAAGGGAUCGUUCAUCUCUCAAGGGAAACAGAGAAGAUGUGAGCCAAAACACUAUACCCUCACAACCAAAGAAAGCAUUCUUAAAGCCCCAGGACUGAGGAAUUUUAUCUGUAAUCAAUUUGAAAAUAGGCAAUGUGUUUUCCUUUUUAAUAUCUAUAAAUACAGUGGACUUUUAGGAACUCAGUUUUUUUCAUUAUUCACUUAUUGCAACAAUGGGCCUGUAAAAUGGCAGAAGAAAACUGGAUGUCAUGCAUCCUUAUUUAAGUGAAAAAUGUGUUUGUAUAUUAUGAACAUUCAUAUGUGCAAGCCUCCUUUUAUUUAAUGUGCCCCAGGUCACAGUUAAGGUUGACUAAAGUUGUUUCAUUUACAUUAAUAUACUUUUGUGAGUGGAAUUUGAAAUCUUUAACAGUGUGUUGUCCUAUAACGAAUGAGGUUACAUUUAUAGAGUGGAGAACACUUCACAAUAUACUUUGUACAUGCAUCACUGAUU